UAGAUGCCUGAGCUACGCAUGCGUAAAAGUGUCCCGGAGGCUAGCACAGAGCGCGGAGCAAAGGCGAAGUGAAUUUUUCCUUUUUCAGUCAUGCUGCAGACGGAUGACGGACAGUCGUCUUGCUCAGAUGACGACUCUGUGAGUUUGCUGCGUGACCUGGCAUGCAGCCAGGUCACGGACGCCACUGUGGACAUGACGGCGCCCUCAGGGUCCCGCUGUCCCAUCACACCAAACAUGGAGACGAGCCCUAAACAGGCCCAAAGCGGCGAGGAAGAUGAGUCUUUUGGGAGAAGGCAGUGUGAGGCCGGCUUGGGAGAACCAGCAGAAGUCGAAAAAGUCUGUAAAGAUUUGAAAACCUUAAACCAGCGUCAGCUCCACAAGAGAGACAGCAAAGGGGAGACGCUCCUUCACAAAGCGUGCAGGAAGAACAACCCGGCUGAAGUCAGGAUGCUCCUCCAGGCGGGGAUCAGUGUCAACAUGGAGGACUAUGCAGGCUGGACAGCGCUGCACGAAGCUGCUGCCAUGGGCCAUGUGACUGUGGUGGAGGAGCUCCUGAAGGCGGGAGCUACCACCAACGCCAGGUGUAGGGGCGUGACGCCGCUGCACGAUGCCGUCUGUGCUGGACACCGUCAGGUGGUGAAGCUGCUCCUGGAGGGCGGCUCAAACCCCAGGGACAGGAACGGCGGCGGCGUCAGUGCUUUAGAGAUGGCAGACGAUGAGGAGAUGAAAGAGCUGCUGCUCACCUUCACAGCUGCUCCUGCAAAAGGGGAGCGGCAGACAGGUGCUGCAUCCUCCGCCCCUCGCUGCACCCGCCCAGCUCACCUGCAGGUCAGAGAAGCAGGUGAAGGCCCAGGCAACCUUCAGCUGAUGAAGGUCAGCGCUGCUGAUUUGCGUAAUUCAUUGGCCAGAAGAGCAACUUUGGAAAAGCUGAAGGGGAAGCAGAGAGAAAUGAGGGCCUGGCGUCUGACGGGGGGCCGCAGUGCUGACAGAUUCCAGGCAGCUUGUGUCCAGAUUCAGUCUGUGCUGAGGGACGUCCUCUCCAAGCAGCGUCUGGAGAAAGACGCCCUCUGCAGGAGAUUUCAGAAGGUGUCCGGCUCUUUUCGGCGCCGUGUGCUGAGGACCCAUCUCCUCUCCUUGGCGUCCUGUCAGAGGACUUUGCUGGAGGUUCUGCAGAAGCAGUUGCAUCUGGAAGAGACUUUUGCUGCUGCAAGAACUGAGCUCCAAGCUCCGCCUCCAGCAGUUCAGUACAAGUCUGUCACCGGAGAGAGGAUGGAGCAGACCCCCGGAGAACUUGGCGAGGAAACGGGCACUUCCUGUCCAAGUGGAGAAGAGGAUGACAGGAGUGGACCUUUGGGCUGUCCGAUAACCCGGGGAGGGAAGCCCCCUCCCCAUCGUGGCCUGCAGAGCAACACAACUGGCUUCUGUCGGAAAACGUUCCUGCAGCAGGUCAAAGUGAAAGGGCAGAGCAGGACCAAAGUCAGCAGCAGGCCUCUCGGUCUGCUCAUACAGGGGGGGGCGCUGGCGCCUGGAAGUGCUCUGCAGCUGCUGUGGAAGGGUAAACAUCACCUUGCACGUCUAUUGGCGGACGGUUCAAUGAUGAGCAAAGGGAAGGUUUUCCCGGCUCCGGAACGCUGGAUGGAGUGGAUCAUCGGGAAGAACAUUCCCGUGGGCUCAGCGUACGCUCUGGACAGGGUGACCUUCAGAGACGUGCCGUUGUCACAGCUUCUGUUGAACAUGGAGGUUGAGGAAAACACGCCACACUCGCGCCUGGAAGACCGCAUGGAUGCUCCUGCUCCACCCCCCCACGAUGCUGCAGGAAGUCUGAGUUUCCUACUGAACAUCAGGACCAUUCGUUUGGUGGGUGAUGAGGAAUUUAUGCCAAGUGCCAUAGCGGACCGCUACUGGGACCAGCUCCUCCAGAAAGACUUUCCAGAGUCUGACGACUGGAAUGACCACACAUAACUGCCUUCAGACAGUCUUCAGUUUUACAGUCGCUGCUGUUCUCGCCGCGUCUUCUUGGUGGCUCUAACGUGGUCAUCUGCAGCGCCAGGACCCCAUCCGUCCUGAGACAGCAGACCUGGUCUUGGAACAGCAGAAUCAAACCCGACCCGUUUCUGUGAAUGUGGCAGCCAUUGUAUUCAGGCGUUUUGCUCCUGUUUGAAAUGUACUUCUUGACAGUAAAGUCUGUUGGUGUUUCGGGUUCUUCAGAAGGACAAUCGGCUCAUUGUGAGAUUUUCUCAGAUGUUUCUCUGGUUGGAAUCGAUCUCACAUGAAGGUUUCCUGUUCAGGUAUUGAUGAGGAUUUCCCAAAGGGAGAGGAGGAUUAGAAUUUACUGAUGGGCAUGUAUACGGAAUCAUUCUACCAGUUUUUCUGAGUUUGCUGCUCUUUGUCUCCUUUGGAUGAACGUCUGCUUAUCCUGGAAAGGUGUCACCUCAUGUCCAAGUUAAGAAAGCUCCGACUGUAGACCAUAUCUCUGCGCUCCUGGUGUUCAGACACGUGCAGGUCUCCUCAAUCCGUCUUCAGACCUUUUCUUGUGUCACCGUUCUGUAGCUUUCAGAAUAAAAUGCUAAUAAACACGAGAACAUGA